AUGUUCGAUAAGUUACGAGAAGCUAUGAUAGAAGAAGGCAAAAAGACUCGUGAAAGUUUUGAUCAAUUUAAAGAAGAAAUGUUUCAGAGAGAUAAAGUAUAUGAGCAAGAAAUAUCUAAUUUGAAAUCUAAAGUCACAACGCUGGAGAAUCAACUGACACAACAAAAUUUGGCACAACAAGAAAUCAUGAUUCUUAUCACAAGUAUAAUACAAGUAAUGAAAUCUGGAAUGAAAAAAGGUGAAGAUAUAGGUCCACAUAGUUGUAUGAUUGGUGAACUUAUGUCUAAAUAUCAUAUUAAUCCUCGAGAUCUCAACUUGUAUACUACAAAAACAUAA